GCGCGUGCGCAGACGUGUGUGUGCGGUGUUGUCGGGGCUGCAGGUCUGUGAGCGCAGGGGCACCGCACCCAAAAUCAGCCUGACCUGCAGAACAUCAGAACAAACCCACGAAUUACGACACUUUCUCCCAGAGAUUUUGGAUUAUUUCAGCCUAAGUGAAGAUUUCAAUAUCUUCGGUGCAUAGUGAGGAGCCAGAACUUUUGCAUAUUUUGUGGGUUUUGGUCCAGUGUCCAUGAUGAGUGCGGAGCUGGAGCAGCUAAGGCAAGAAUGUGAGGCCCUCAAGAACCACAUCAGGGAUGCUCGCAAAGCAUGUCAGGACACCACAUUGAUACAGGUGACGGCCAACAUGGAGGCAGUAGGCCGCAUUCAAAUGAGGACACGGCGAACUCUCAGAGGCCACUUGGCAAAAAUUUAUGCCAUGCAUUGGGGCUCCGACUCUCGAAAUCUUGUAUCUGCUUCACAGGAUGGUAAACUAAUUGUCUGGGACUCCUAUACAACUAAUAAGGUUCAUGCCAUCCCGCUGCGGUCAAGCUGGGUCAUGACUUGUGCCUAUGCACCAUCAGGAAGCUAUGUGGCCUGUGGAGGGCUGGAUAAUAUUUGUUCAAUCUACAGUUUGAAGACACGGGAGGGCAAUGUGCGUGUUAGCAGAGAACUUCCUGGACACACUGGUUAUCUCUCGUGCUGUCGCUUUCUUGAUGAUAACCAGAUUGUCACAAGCUCUGGGGACAUGACCUGUGCCCUGUGGGACAUAGAAACUGGACAACAGAUGACAUCAUUCACAGGCCACACAGGCGAUGUUAUGAGCCUAUCACUUUCAGAGGACCACAGGACGUUUGUGUCUGGAGCCUGCGAUGCCAGCGCAAAAUUGUGGGAUAUCCGUGAUGGAAUGUGCAAGCAGACUUUUACUGGCCACGAGUCAGACAUCAAUGCUGUCACUUUCUUUCCAAAUGGCAAUGCUUUUGCUACUGGCUCGGAUGAUGCAACUUGCCGCCUGUUCGACAUCAGAGCAGACCAGGAGUUGAUGCUGUACUCACACGACAACAUCAUCUGUGGAAUCACCUCUGUGGCCUUCUCCAAGAGCGGCCGGUUGCUGCUGGCUGGCUAUGAUGACUUCAACUGCAAUGUGUGGGACUCCAUGAAGGGAGAGCGAGCAGGUGUUCUGGCUGGACAUGACAACCGUGUGAGCUGCUUGGGCGUGACAGAUGACGGAAUGGCAGUAGCAACUGGUUCCUGGGACAGCUUCCUGAAAAUCUGGAACUAGGGAGUCACCACGUACCCCUCCUC